AUGGAUUCCGAGGAAGAGUAUCUGUCAAGCUCCGAUGAGCUGAUGCCAGACGAUAGCGGCGAUGAAAUGUCCGGUGCUGAAGAUUUUGACGAGGAUGACUUCGACGAACCAGACCCCGAUUUCGGCCUCUCCGCGAAAGAUCUCGACAAGAAGAAGGUAGCCGCUCACGCGGUAUCCUUCAAAGUCUUCGAGCCGUCCGACAUUAGGCGCCAGCAGGAUGACAUGAUGAACGAUGUCAACAUGAUCCUUGAUAUGAACAAGGAAGAUGCCGCCAUCAUGUUACGCCACUUUCGAUGGAACAAGGAAAGACUAUUAGAAGACUACAUGGACAGGCCAGAAAAGGUCCUAGAGGCUGCCGGCCUGAACAGUAACACUUCUAGCCUGCCUAAGUUGCAAGCCGUCCCCGGCUUUUGUGGCCACCGCUACUGCGUUGACUGUUACCGCCACUAUCUUACCCAGAAAAUCCAAGACGAGGGCGAGUCUGCCAGGAUCCAGUGUCCGUCAAAUGGAUGCGGCCGUAUUCUAGACUCACGGUCGCUUGACCUCCUAGUUACGCCAGAGUUGACUGAUCGCUACCAUGAACUGCUUAACCGCACAUACGUGGAGGACAAGGAUACGUUCAAGUGGUGCCCGGCCCCAGACUGCCCCAACGCCAUAGAAUGCGGAGUCAAGAAGAAGGACUUGGACAAGAUUGUCCCUACUGUGGAGUCACCCUGCGAUUUGGUCAAGCGAUGGCUGAAGAAAUGUGCCGACGACUCCGAGACGGCGAACUGGAUUUCCGCCCACACGAAGGAGUGUCCCAAGUGUAGCUCGACGAUCGAGAAAAACGGCGGAUGCAACCACAUGACUUGCCGCAAGUGCAAGUAUGAAUUCUGCUGGAUGUGUAUGGGACUCUGGUCUGAGCACGGCACUAGUUGGUACAACUGCAACAGGUAUGAAGAAAAGAGCGGAGCAGAGGCUAGAGAUGCGCAAACCAAAUCUCGCACGUCUUUGGAGCGUUAUUUGCACUACUACAACAGAUAUGCCAACCAUGAGCAGUCUGCAAAGCUCGACAAAGACAUCGCACAGAAGACGGAAAAGAAAAUGGUGCAGCUUCAGACGACAUCAGGCAUGUCCUGGAUCGAAGUGCAGUAUCUCAACUCGGCAUCUCAGGCGCUUCAGACAUGCAGACAGACUCUCAAAUGGACUUAUGCUUUUGCAUUCUAUCUGGCGAAGAACAACUUGACAGAAAUAUUUGAAGACAACCAAAAGGAUCUCGAGAUGGCCGUCGAGAACUUGUCUGAGAUGUUCGAGAAGCCUAUCCAAGAGCUAUCCGACCCAAAGCUCAAGGUCGAUAUCAUGGAUAAGACCUCCUACUGCAACAAGAGACGUGUCAUUUUGCUGGAAGACACUGCUGAGAAUCUUGCAAAGGCUAAAUGGACUUUCAACGCCGAUCUCAUGACAGGAUCAACAGUGUUGCUUAACAAGCGUUGA